GUCUUGUAACACUGACGCUUGCGUUUAUAUAACGGUAGUAUUCUGGAACCUGAGAUCAUUGAGUCGCCGGCUGUCAGAAUCAUAACAUACGCUACUCCGACACUUCUACCGAAAUAAUGAAAUCCUACACGCUUGUAUUUGUCGUCCUUGCGACUGUUCUUCUUUACGCUGAAUUAUCAAAUGCGAGGGAAAUAUGUGCCGAAGAAAAUUGUAUUACACCUGAGAAGUGUGACGUGCUCAUAAAAGAUAACAGCCUUUUAUGCCAUCAGCAAGGCACGUCUUGCUGUAGCGUAGUUAAAUCAGAAUUUAGGACUCACUGCCGUCAUCAUGGUGGAACAUGCAUGAAAGAAUGUGCUCAGUCAUUGCAACGAGAGACGGUUGACUGCACAGACAAUGAAGUCUGUUGCGUUUUGGUUUAAAUAAAAAUUAAUUAACUAAAACAUAGUAAUUAUACAAAAUAAUAAUCUCGCCCUAGUAAUUGUUAGUCUUAAUCUAAUGUAAUUCAACAAAAUGUCAAAAAAUAGUUUACUAUAUUUAGUAUUUUUAAUUUUUUUACGACAAAAGAGAAAUGUAUGUUAGCUAAUUCUUGUUUAAAAAAAAUUGUUUUUCUGAGUGAAAACAUAUCCAAGUAUAUUUUGCAACAUAUGCAUUUUAUUUGAUUUGUAAUUACAACGAGAAUUUUGAAAAAUUUAUGAAGAAAUGAAAUGCAUACAUAUGAAUUAUACACUUAUUUAAAAAAAUUUUGUAAAAUGACUAUUAAAAAAAUAGUAUAUAGUGAAAUUGUAAUUCUAUAAAUCGACAUUUUAAUAAGUUUUCGAAAUUAUGAUAUAUCGAUUUCAAAAUAACCGCUUCAUAUAUUAUAAUACACUAUAAUAAAAUUUUUUAUACCUAGAUUUAAUAAUCAAAA